UAUUUUUUUUAAAAAAUUUACUUAAAGAAGAUUUCAGGGGUAAAAUAGUCAUUUGGCUACCACUGCAGAUAGGAUAGGCUUUCACAGAUAAAAUUGAGAGAGAGACACAGAAUACCCAAGAAACCUCUCACUCUCCAACAAUGGCAACCCUUUCCCUGUGUUCUACAUCUUCCCCCUCAACAGCACUUUCCAAGAACCAAACUUUCCUAAACACCCUUUCUGUUCCCAAAGCAAAUUCCAAUGUUACUUUUCUAUCUCACUCAUUUUCCUCUCUCAAUCUCCGUUUCUCCAAGCCCAAUUCUUUAUCCUCUUUUGUACCCAAAUACUCUGAAUCUGAAGCUCCAGUAGCUGAAAUUGAAGCUGACCCAGAAGAGCCUGUUGCAACCCCAGUUGUGGAAGCCACUAGCUUGGAACCAAAACGGGAAGAAAUCUUUGCUGUUGUUAUGGUUGGAUCUCGGCAAUAUAUUGUUUUUCCUGGGCGGUAUAUCUACACCCAGAGGCUUAAAGGAGCAAAUGUCAAUGACAAAAUUAUCCUAAACAAGGUGUUACUAGUGGGAACAAAAACAAGUACUUGGGUUGGAAAACCAGUGGUGCCAAAUGCAACAGUCCAUGCUGUUGUUGAAGAGCAGUUGAAAGAUAAGAAGGUUAUCGUCUUCAAGUAUAAGAAGAAGAAGAACUACAGAAGGAACAUUGGUCACAGACAGCCAAUUACUCGGAUAAGAAUAAUGGGCAUUACUGGUUAUCAAGAUUCACCAGCAGUCACCCUUGCAGACCUAGAAGCAGCCAAGUGACUUUUAGGCUCAAGAUUACAUCCAAAUUACUGUUUUCUCAGGAUUAUGUAGUUUUGUAUAGACCGAGGAAGCAAUGACAGAAACGAGUUUUGGAAGGCGCAUUUAACUUCAUCUUUUGUUGUAAUUUCCAUCCAUUUUGUUUCUUUGCAUGUAUUAUUUGGUUGAGCAAUGUACUUGAGUUUUGAAUAUUUCAGAAACCUCUUUUUGAUUGAA